UCUCUGCACAGAAAGAAAUAGAGAGAAGGUAGAAAGAAGAUGAUAGAACCAUUUUUGCUCCUUAAAAAACAUACCCAUUCCUCACCACACCAUCCAACAACAACAACAACAACCACCUUCUCAAUGGCCGCGGACAUGUCCAACACCAACACCAACAACAACAACAACAACAACAACCACCCUUCUCACGCCAAGGACUUCUUCGCUUCCCCAGCUCUCUCCCUUAGCCUUGCUGGCAUAUUUCGGCAUGCUGGGGUGGCGGCGGCGGAGGGCGAGGCUGCAACCUCCAACAUGGAAGUGGAGGACGGCGAUGAAGGCAGCGGCGGAGGAGGAGGCGCCGGUCACACGGUGGAUAUCAGCAGCGAGAACUCCGGCCCCACUAGAUCGAGAUCAGAGGAUGACUACUUUGAAGGAGAAGGUGAGCAUGAAGAUGAAGAUAUUAUCGGUGAUGAUAACAAUAACAAUAACAAGAACAAGAACAAGAAGAAGAGGAAGAAAUAUCACAGGCACACCGCGGAGCAGAUCAGAGAAAUGGAAGCGCUAUUCAAAGAGUCGCCACAUCCUGAUGAAAAGCAGAGGCAACAACUUAGCAAGCAGCUAGGCCUUGCUCCAAGACAAGUCAAGUUUUGGUUCCAAAAUCGCAGAACCCAAAUCAAGGCAAUACAAGAGCGACAUGAAAACUCAUUGUUGAAGACGGAAAUAGAGAAACUAAAGGAGAAAAACAAAGGGUUGAGAGAGACCAUAAACAAAGCUUGUUGCCCCAACUGUGGUGUUGCAACCACUAGUACCAGAGACGGUGCCAUUCCAACUGAAGAACAACAGCUUCGCAUUGAGAAUGCCAAACUCAAAGCUGAGAUCGAGAAGCUUCGAGGAGCUUUAGGAAAAUACAGAGGAUCAGGUGGUGGUGGAUCAACGUCUCCUUCAUGUUCUUCCGGUGCUGCUGGUGGACAUGAGCAAGAGAAUAGAAGCUCGUUGGACUUUUACACUGGAAUCUUCGGAGUUGACAAGUCAAGGAUAAUGGAUACAGUGAACAAGGCUAUGGAGGAGCUCAUAACCAUGGCAACAAUGGGGGAACCCUUGUGGCUUCGUAGUGUUGAGACUGGCCGUGAGAUACUCAACUACGAUGAGUACAUUAAACACUUCUCAUCCCUUCAAAAUUCUUCAUCAAACAACACUAACACUACUCCUUCAUCAUCAAAGAGAUCCAUUAUUGAAGCUUCAAGAGACACUGCCCUUGUCUUUGUUGAUCUCCCACGCCUUCUCCAAACUUUCUUAGAUGCGAAUCAGUGGAAGGAAAUGUUUCCAUGUUUAAUAUCUAAGGCGGCGACUGUGGAUGUUAUAUGCAACGGAGAAGGUUCUAACAGGAAUGGUGCAGUGCAACUGAUGUUUGCUGAGGUGCAAAUGCUAACACCAAUGGUGCCCACAAGAGAAGUAUAUUUUGUCCGCUACUCAAAGCAGUUGAGUUCUGAACAAUGGGCUAUCAUUGAUGUAUCCAUUGACAAAGUAGAAGACAACAUUGAUGCCUCUCUCGUGAAAUGUAGAAAACGCCCAUCAGGUUGCAUUAUUGAGGACAAGUCAAAUGGUCAUUGCAAGGUGACAUGGGUGGAGCACUUGGAAUGCCAAAAGAGUCCAGUGCAUACAAUGUAUAGGACCAUUGUGAAUAGUGGCAUGGCCUUUGGCGCAAGGCACUGGAUUUCCACUCUCCAACUUCAGUGCGAGCGUCUUGUUUUCUUCAUGGCAACCAAUGUUCCCAUGAAGGAUUCAACCGGUGUUGCUACAUUGGCUGGGAGGAAAAGCAUUCUGAAGUUGGCACAAAGAAUGACAUGGGGUUUCUGCCAUGCAGUUGGUGCAUCAAGCUUCCACACAUGGACCAAGAUUACAAGUAAAACUGGGGAAGAUAUUAGGAUCAGUUCACGGAAGAACUUGAACGAUCCUGGUGAACCUCUUGGACUCAUACUCUGCGCUGUUUCUUCUGUGUGGUUACCUGUCUCUCCUAAUGUCUUAUUUGAUUUCUUGAGGGACGAAACUCGCCGCACUGAGUGGGAUAUAAUGUCCAGUGGUGGCUCAGUUCAGUCCAUUGCAAAUUUGGCCAAAGGACAAGACCGCGGCAAUGCGGUAACCAUCCAAACAAUAAAAUCGAAGGAAAAUAGUAUGUGGGUAGUGCAAGAUUGCUGCACCAAUGCUUAUGAAUCCAUGGUGGUGUAUGCUCCUGUGGACAUCACUGGCAUUCAAUCUGCGAUGACAGGUUGCGAUUCAAGCAAUCUCGCCGUACUUCCGUCGGGAUUCUCGAUUGUUCCUGAUGGGAUGGAAUCAAGGCCAAUGGUGAUUACUUCAAGACAGGAAGAGAAGAACACAGAAGGAGGAUCUUUGUUCACCAUAGCAUUUCAGAUUCUCACCAAUGCAUCUCCAACAGCCAAGUUAACCAUGGAGUCUGUGGAAUCAGUCAACACUCUCUUAUCUUGUACUUUGAGAAAUAUCAGAACAAGUUUACAAUGCGAAGAUAGUUAAUGAGCAAAAUAAUAAGAUAAUUAUCAGAUAGACUUUUAUUAGAAUUUGAUGAUGAUAUUGAUAGGCUUCCCUUUAGUUAAUGUUGGGUUGGCAAAUAUAGCAUGCGUUUCUACCCAUACUCUUGGGUAAUUAAUUAAGCUUUAUUUGUUAUUCUAUUGGAAGCUAAGGAGAAUUUGGAUUGAAUAUAUACAUCUAUCUGUGUCUGCAGCUUCAUAGGUGAAACGAAACAAGAGUCAGGAUGCUUUUAGAUCCUAGAAAAUGAGUAUGGUCUGUAUAGAAUUAUCAUUUUAUUAAUUCCUU